ACGAAAGGGACAUUAUCUCGGCUGCCGAUUAGCUAAGUCUUUUCCAAUAUGGCAGCGUAGUGCUCUUGGAGUAACGCGGCUGUUACAUGUCAACAUGUCUCUUCUCCGAGUUUGCUCUCUCGCCAAAUGCCUCGGUCGGCGCAGUUUAGCGGACGUUCGCAGGUGUUUUGCGGACCGCUGCCAGCUGUGUGUCUCUGUGAGAAGCGCCGCAGUCAGACGGAUUUCAGAAACACCAUUGUACCUACAAAGAAGAAAUAUUUCGUCUGUAAUCCCGAAAUCAGAGGAUGCAAAGAAACGUGUUCAUGAACAGUCUCAGUUGUUAGAUGUCCUUGAAGCCAGGAUACAGCAACUCAAAUCUGACAUCGUUUUAGAUGUCCAACAUGCAAAAGUCCAGUUUCUUAAAUCUCCUUCUUUUCGGGGAGGUCUUUCAUCUGUAAGGACUCUCAAAGGAUCCUCUAAAGACAAAAGCGACAUUCCUAAAUCUGGGCAGGCGGUUACAAAAAGGGCCUCCAAGUCUCAGCCGAGCCGCUGGAUGGAAAAAUUAUCUGAGGAGAAGAAAAAUAAACUUAAGAAACAGCAGAUCCUCCAGCAGAAAAUGCAGAGAAACGCUAAAGAAAAGCUACCGGGGAAAUCUAAAGCUAGCAAAAGUACCUUAAUGCCCACAAGUACAACAUAUAAAACUAUAUCUUCUGCCGCAAAGAAGAGGAGAGGUGGCACGAAGCUGUCAGACGAAAUCCGCCCCUCGGUUUCUUCAGCAGCCGCAGUAACAACAGCCGCCACCUCAUCAAAAGCAGCCGAGGCACUUAAAACAUCUAAACAGAAGCGGAGAGACUCCAAAAGUAAAGUUUCUGACAAGGACGCAACAAAUAAACCAGAGGACGGAGACCUGGCUGAGAUUGAGGAGCUUGAAAAAAGACUCAAUGAGCAGGCACAGCAACGGAUAUGUCUGAGUACAAUGGAGCGCUUCCAGGAGAGCAGCACGAGAAGUUCCUGCGCGGACAUCCAGCUCAGCAUCCGCUGCUACCUGGAGGCGUGCGUGUUUAUGGGGGACGUCGAGCGCUCGCAAAGGUUCCUGCUCAGUCAGCACAGAGUUAUGAGUCGACGUAAACAGCUUACCACAGAUAUUUACAACAUUAUGAUGAGGGUGUGGGCCAAAAAGGGCACGUUGAAUCAGAUCGGUCGGAUCUUUAUUCUGCUGGAAGAAGCUGGUCUGAAGCCAAACGUGAGCUCCUACUCUGCUGCACUGGAGUGCAUGGGCCGAAAUAAAAACUGCCCCCCAAAAGUAAUUUCGAGGUGUCUGGAUCAAAUGAAGAAGGAUGGGCUGUCUGUGGACGAUCUGUUCAGGGAGUGCGUUUUCCGACAAGAUGAAAGGGACAUGCUGCUGAAGGCAGUUCAGACUGUAAGACCAGACUACGAGCCCAGCCCCACCCUGAACGCAAGCCAGAGUUCCUCACCACUUGUUAAGGACUUCUACACAAAUAGGGACCAUCACACUUAUCCCAAACUCGACUUCACUCAGGAGGAUCUGCAGAGGCGUUUUCAACAUCAGCUCAGCGUGGAGCAGGCCUGCACCGUCACCAUCGACUCUGUCGAGGCGAUGAAGCCCGUCACCGAAAACAUGGUUAAAAUGAGGGAACUGCUGGCAGAACAGCGGGCACAGUGGCAGAAGGUUCUCCUCCAGGCGCUCAGGGAGAACAAGAUGAUCCUGACCAAAACCAACACCAGGGACUACAAGCUUAACCUUUAUCCAUAUCUCUGUCUGCUGGAGGACAAGGAGUACGUUGACAUUAUGAUACAGAGUGUUUCUAACCUGCCUCCUAGUGGGGAGUCCCUGAAGAUUUUAGCUCAUGAUCUGGGCAACAGAAUCUACACCAAGUACUGUGUGAGACAGAAGCACCAGAAUUGCAUUGUAGAAAAGCUGCAAAGUAUUUAUGGUGCCUACACAGAACUGCUGGCCAAAGAUACCAAGGUGUGCAAUGUCCUUCCAAGGGAGCAGUGGUGCAAACUGGAGAUGGAGCAGAGUUCAGGACCCACGCUACAGGGCGCAGAGACAAGUUGGCCGUAUGUUCUAAUGCUGGAGCUGGGAACCUUCAUUGUGGACAUAAUGGUGAAGAAUCUUAAAAUUAACAGUGACAUCCUGAACCCCGCCUAUGACAAAAAGCUCAUCCCCAUCCUCUACCACAUGUAUACCUUCCGCAGCACCAGACAGGUUGGCUUCAUCAAGCCACACCCCAUCUUGACACAGAUGCAGCAGGAAGCCAUGGAGACCACGCUGACCUUUGACUCGUCAGUGAUGCCGAUGCUGUGCCCUCCGGUGCCGUGGACAUCGGAGAAGUUCGGCGCCUACCUGCUCACCCCGGCCAAGCUGAUGCGCGCCACGCACGGGGCCACGCAGCACGAGGAACUGCUGGAGAAGUGUCCGAAUCUCCACCCGGUUUUUGACUCGCUCAACCAGUUGAGUAAUUGCGCCUGGAGGGUCAACAAGCCAAUUCUGGACAUAAUCAUCUCGAUCUUUAACGACCGGGGCAGCGAUAAGCUGGACAUCCCUCCGCCUCUGUCAGAAGCCCCUAAAAUACCCCACUUCAACCCUCAAGACCCCGACUACACAGCCAGCGAGAAGGCACACAUGAAACGAGAGGUGAUCAAUGCCAAGAAGAAGUGCAGCGAGAUGCACAGCCUGCGAAUGGACGCUCUUUAUAAACUCUCCAUUGCCCACCACAUGCGGGACAAGCUGUUCUGGUUUCCCCACAACAUGGACUUCAGGGGCCGCACCUACCCAUGUCCCCCGUAUUUCAAUCACUUGGGGAGUGAUGUGACUCGGGCGACGCUCGUGUUCGCUGAGGGGAAGCCUCUUGGUCCCAAGGGUUUGGACUGGCUGAAGAUUCACUUGGUCAACUUGACGGGGCUGAAGAAGAGGAGCUCACUGCAGGGACGUCUGGAAUACGCCGACAGCAUCAUGGAGGACAUCCUGGACUCUGCAGAUGACCCUCUGAACGGCAAAAAAUGGUGGAUGGAGGCCGAUGAGCCAUGGCAGGCACUGGCCUGCUGCAUGGAGAUCGCCAACGCAGUCCGGUCACCGGAUCCAACUAAGUUUGUCUCUCACUUUCCUGUUCACCAGGACGGCUCCUGCAACGGCCUCCAGCACUACGCAGCUCUUGGCAGAGACGUUAUCGGUGCGACUUCAGUCAACCUCAUGCCCUGCGAGGUGCCCCAGGAUGUGUACAGCGGCGUAGCCCAGCAGGUCGAAGAGCUGCGAACUCGGGAUGCUGCAAAAGGCCUGAAGAUCGCCCAGGUUCUGGAGGGCUUCAUCAGCAGGAAGGUGGUCAAACAGACGGUGAUGACUGUGGUGUACGGAGUCACUCGUUACGGAGGGCGCCUGCAGAUCGAGAAGAGGCUAAAGGAGAUUGAUGAGUUUCCCAAGGACCAUGUAUGGGACGCGUCUCAUUACCUUACGCGCCUGGUGUUCAGUGGCCUAAAGGAGAUGUUUACGGGAACCAGAGAGAUUCAGGACUGGCUGACAGAAAGUGCCAGGCUCAUCUCCAAGUGUGGCCACACUGUGGAGUGGGUGACACCCCUGGGCUUACCGAUCAUUCAGCCUUACCACCGCACACGCAAUUUAUUGGUAAGUCUCACCAUAGGACUGACUUUCCACUGCAGAGACCCAAUUUAACAGAUAUUUGAAAGAAGUCAGUCAGCUUAGCCA